AUGUCGGACGACGAGAUCGAGUCUCACUAUGACGUUCCCCCGAAACAAAGCGCUGAACUACCAGGACCAAAACAGUUUACGGCCCCGCCUCCAGCCGCAUCCUCGAAGCGUCCAGAAGACAUUGGCGAUCGAAUUCUACAGGAAGAGAUUCCACUUGACAACCGCGAUGAGAAUCACCUAAACGAUCCAUUGAAUGUUCAUUUCCACGACAUUUUUGGUGAGCCCGAGCAAACGUUGCACAGCAUCGACUGUCUUUGGACGAACAGCUUUCGCGUUUUCGAGGUCACCAGGUUAUGGGCGUACCGUAUCAUCUCGCUGAUCCUCGGAUUGCCGGUGGCCUUCUGCUGUGGAUUGUCGUUCGCCUUCAUUUCUUUCAUCUUUAUUUGGAUUUUCCAACCGGCCCGACGGAUUUUCUUGAUCAAUUAUUCGAUGAUCAAGGCGAUUGUGUAUGGGUUGGCCGGACUGGUUGUGCGCCCGGUCGCGUUGGCUGUCGGUAGCUGCCUUGGCAAUAUCCGAAUCCAUCGGUCACAGGGUGAACGAGUUCCCGAAGAGCAACUUUUAAUCGUU